GAGGGGAUUGGGACACCUGAAUCACAUGAUAUGGAGGGGAUUGUAACACCUGGAUCACAUGAUUGGGAGGGGAUGGGAACACCUGAAUCACAUGAUUGGGAGGGGAUUGGAACACCUGAAUCACAUGAUUGGGAGGGGAUUGGAACACCUGAAUCACAUGAUUGGGAGGGGAUGGGAACACCUGAAUCACAUGAUUGGGAGGGGAUUGGAACACCUGAAUCACAUGAUUGGGGAGGAUGGGAACACCUGAAUCACAUGAUUGGGAGGGGAUUGGAACACCUGAAUCACAUGAUUGGGAGGGGAUUGGAACACCUGAAUCACAUGAUUGGGAGGGGAUUGGAACACCUGAAUCACAUGAUUGGGAGGGGAUGGGAACACCUGAAUCACAUGAUUGGGAGGGGAUUGGAACACCUGAAUCACAUGAUUGGGAGGGGAUUGGAACACCUGAAUCACAUGAUUGGGAGGGGAUUGGAACACCUGAAUCACAUGAUUGGGAGGGGAUUGGAACACCUGAAUAACAUGAUUGGGAGGGGAUGGGAACACCUGAAUCACAUGAUUGGGAGGGGAUUGGAACACCUGAAUCACAUGAUUGGGAGGGGA